ACCUCUCUCUCUCUCUCUCUCUCUCUCUCUCUCUCUGAGAAGGAAAGUAUCGGGAAAACCACACAACUUUCUCUCUCUCUUUCUCUUAACACUCUUCCAUGGCCGUUGAAGCUACCCAUCUCAAUCUUUUCUCUGCCCAGCAACUCAUUCCCAACCGUGGCUUUGUGAGUUCGGCGAAAGGGAAUGGUUUCGGGUUUGGAUAUAACGCCCAGAUUGGUUCCGGGGUCCCUUACGGGAGUGUGGCAAUGCCGGAGAGUUUUUUGCCGGUGAAUCGAUCUCUGUUUUGUGAGGCUGUUCAGGGGAAAACGUCGAUCAAUACUGACAGUGGGGUUUCGUAUAAUCUCGCGAUGGAUGGUUCUAGAAAGCGGAGUAGGGAGGAGCAGUUUAUUGGCUCCGGUGAAGAUGUCACGCCGUUGUUGCAGCAGUAUCAAUCUGAAAUUUAUCGGAUUGUUUCUAAUCAUACGAAGAAAUUGAGAAUGGAAUUGGAAGAGAGGCAGAAGCAAGAAGCGAGGAUUUUAGUGGCCGCCAUUGGAGAAGAUGUGAUGAAGAAAGUGAGGGAGAAAGACGAGCAGAUUCAAACACUGGGAAAGCUCAAUUUCGCCCUUCAAGAACGAGUCAAAAGCCUCUACUUAGAGAACCAAUUAUGGCGAGAUUUAGCCCAAACCAACGAGGCCACCGCCAACUCCCUCCGCUCCAAUCUCGAGCAAGUCUUGGCCCACGUCGCCGACGACCGCCUCCUCGCCGGCGCCGCCGCAGCGGCGCCGGCGGAAGACGCGGAGUCCUGCUGCGACAGCAACGAAAUCGCGGCAGCCCAGCCGGAGAGGUCGACCGCCGGCGCCGACCCAGAGCAAAAUUCCGGUAGCCGGAAGUGCCGGAGCUGCGGCGAGAGAGAAUCCAGCGUUCUUCUGUUGCCGUGCCGGCAUCUCUGCCUUUGCACGGUUUGUGGGUCCACUCUGCACCGUACCUGCCCUGUAUGUAAUUCUAACAUGAAUGCCACCGUGCAUGUUAACAUGUCUUCUUGAUGACCCAUCAACUUCGAUAGGAGAAAGAAAAUAGAAACCCAGAAAAAAAAAAUAGUUGAAGCAGGUGAAAUUAAUGAUAGUUCUGUCAUAUUUUGUUUUUUGUUUUGUUCUUAAGGUUAUUCUAAUAUGCUAUAGACAGACCAUUCUUGAUUUCUUGUAAAUUUCCUUAGCCAUGGUACAAUCAAUUAUUCAUUCUUUCCAAGAUUUCAAGAAAUUUUAUUAUAUUA